CAUCUACAUCUUUACUUUAACUCCUUCUCCGGCACAUUUUUUCUCUCUCCUCUUUCUCCAACUCAACCUGACCCCACACUCCCUCUUUCUCUCUCCUCUUCAAUCCCAACAAAUUCAAUUUUUUAUUAGUCAAAAUAAGAAAAAAAAAUUGAAGACAAAACUCAAUAACUUCGGAGUGAAGUUGAAUUCACGCUGAAUUCAAAUUCAACUUUGAUCAUUGAAAAUCAACCAAAAAUGGAUCGGAGAAGAGCUCUAAGUCCUGUAUAUACUCGUCAAUGGAGUAGCAAUUCAAGCAGCAACGAUUCCAACUCACCUGCCAUGUCUCCUGCUCAUCCGAGUUCGCGACUCGGUACCGGUUACUCCACUGUUAAGCGUACUCAAAACGUCGCUGCUAAAGCUGCUGCUCGUCGCUUGGCUCAGGUUAUGGCUACUCAAUCUGCUACAGACGAUAACGAUGAUGAUAAUGAUAACGAUGAUCUUGAUCUUGGCUUACGUUUUGCUCCUCCUACGAAGAUAAAUCAUACUAAUGGAUUACAUUCUAAUCUCUCUGCUGCUCGUCCUACUCAUCGUGCUCCCUCCCCUGCGUUAGGUAGGAACUAUGUAGAUCACAAUGCUUAUUCUGUACGUUCAACCUCAGCUGGAAGGCCGACUACAAUUCGACAAGCAGCUGCAGUGCCACAACCUAGUAGAGUUGUGUUAAAAACCCCGGCAGUGAUCUCUACGAUAGAGCUUCCCACUCCAAAAGCUAGAGAUAAAAGGUUUCCAGAUUUAGGUCAUCUCAGCUUGAAAGAUUCAGGUAAUGGGCCGGACGAUGCUGCCCUUCUUGAUGAACUGGAUAUGCUACAACAAGAGAACGAAAAUGUCCUUGAACAGCUUCGAGAAGCCGAGAGAAAACGUCAAGAAGCAGAGGCCAGAGCAAGAGAACUUGAAAGACAGGUUGCAUCUAUGGGAGAAGGUUUAUCUUUGGAAGCUAAAUUGUUGAGCAGGAAGGAAGCAGCUUUACGUCAAAGGGAGGCUGCCCUUGCUGCUGCAAAACAGCGCAGGGAAGGUAAAGAGGAACUGGAGACCCUACGUCAAGAAAUUGAGAACCUAAGGAUGGAGGCUGCAGCAACUACAGAAAAGCUUCAAGAAGCUGAGUCUGAGGCAAAAGCUAUGCGCACUAUGACUAAAAGAAUGGUUUUGACCCAGGAAGAGAUGGAGGAAGUAGUUCUUAAGAGGUGCUGGCUUGCCCGUUACUGGGGUUUAGCUGUGCAAUAUGGCAUUUGUGCAGAUAUAGCAGGAUCCAAGUAUGAACAUUGGUCCAGAUUUGCUCCUCUUCCAUUUGAAGUUGUCAUAUCUGCAGGACAGAAAGCAAAGGAAGAUUAUUUGAACAAAGAUGAUAAUUUCAGUCAGAGUAAAUCUGGCCGAGAUCCUAGUGAUGUUACUGGGGAGGGGAAUAUUGAAACUAUGCUUUCAGUGGAAAUGGGUUUAAGGGAAAUGUCUUCCUUAAAGAUUGAAGAUGCAGUUGCAUUGUCAAUGGCACAAAAGAGACGUCCAAAUCUAGUUCGAGAUUUCAAAGCGGCGGUUGAUCCCAAGUUUAUGGAGUCAUUUGAAUUGAGUCAAGAGGAGUCAGAUGAUGUUCUUUUCAAAGAGGCUUGGCUUACAUAUUUUUGGAAAAGAGCUAGAGAUCACCAGGUUGAGGAGGAUAUUGCUGAAGAGCGACUUCAAUUGUGGACCAGCCGCAGUGGGCAGUCCCCGACGUUGCAGGAUGCAGUCGAUGUUGAACGUGGUGUGAUUGAGUUGCGGAAACUUGGAUUAGAGCAGCAGCUGUGGGAAACAUCUCGCAAAGAUACUGAAUUCCAUUCCCCUUCAUCCGAGAAUACAAAUCACAAGCAAGAUGUUGAAUCGGAGAAUUCUACAUGAACUUAGCAAAGUAUACUGUGGUAAUCCCUUGAAAUUUCUCUUUCACUUUCGCCAGCUAGAAAGAAAUGGCUGGUAUUUUUGUUCAGACUGAGUUUAUACCAUUGAGAAUCACAUGUAGAGAGGUUUUGUAUCGUGUAUGUGAUUAUUCGAACAAGAAAUUUCAGAAUCCUUGUAAAGUUGGUGUGUAAUUAAGCUGCUUGUAUACAACCUUGGAAGAUGAAUUCAAUAGAAUAGAAUUUGCUGUUA